AUGUCAACAGCACCGGAGGAACCGACAGGACGAGCCGCCGCCCCCGCGUCUCAGCCCGGCUCGAAGUUCAGGAGCUGCUGGAGCUGCCGGCUCGUCUCCGGAGGUGGUUUGAUCCUGGCCAGAGCUUAUGUGUUCAUGGAGGCCCGGAACGUGAUGCGACGAUGCGGAACCACCUCCAUGGGCACCGUGGCGCAGAUCACCUUCGCUGCAAGUUUGGCUGCGUGGGGCAUCGUCAUCAUCGCUGACCCGGUUGGAAAAGCGCAAAGAAAGGACGUGGGGACUCCGAGUACAUAAAUACAAGUAUUUACCAACAGAGACUGAAAAGAUGAUCAUGUGACACCGAGACAAAUAAGACACUGCUUCUGGAAAUGUGCAGAUAAGUGUGACGAGCUGGCUUUUGUUCCAAGGGCAUCCAGCAGGUUUGGAGUUUAUCAGCUGCCUAAAUUAAAAUGGGAAGAUUUCAUGUAUUCGACUAAAAUGUUUUGAAAGUGUUUGUCGUCAUUGAAAUAUUUUGCACAUGACUAAUGAAAGUGUGGCAGCUGUGCACCAGUAAUGGUUUGACGUGGAUGCACAUUCCACAUCCUGCACUUUGGUUUAACGUCACUGAUGCGCCCGCUGUCCACUGUAUCUGCAGACGAGGAAAUGAAUGACUCAGAUUCAGAGACAUACUGAGGACUAUUGGACAGAGCCCCACAGUUCUGACAGGCCAAGCAGCCACUCAGGAGCCUUAAUAGUUCACUGAAAAGGGACAGAGAGGGAAAUAAAGGCAGAUUGUUUUUUAGGUAAACCUCUUCAAUAAUAAUAAUAAUUUCUGUGUAUCAUGUUUGUUUUCAUCAAGUUGGAAAUAAUGUACUAAAAUAUAGAAGGUAUAAACACAAUGCAUUUCUCUCAGACAGGAUCAAUGCAUGGUCAGUAACAUGGCCAGUGUCUUUUUAAAAUUUAAAGCAAUGUCAUUUUUCUUUUUAAAUGCUGAUACUUCCUCGAAUGGUUUUAAGCCUCGUCAGUUUUUCCUUGUACAAUCACCAGACGAGCGAGGACACAUGUUUCUGGCACCAUUGUCUAAAGGAAAAAAAACAAACGGACAAUCUUAUGGGACCAGGAGAUCAAUGAACUGUUUUCUCUCGUGUGCUUCUGAGUUUUAAUUCUUGUCUGAGCUGUUGCGGCAGCUGGCGAAGACUCUUCCUUCCGCACGUUGCUGCGUCACUGAUGUCGAACCACUUCUUGAUUCCGGGGAGAGGAAGUCGCUAUUGAAUCCUAUGAAAAAUAUGAAUUUAAUCCUCAAGGAGGUGAUUCUGACAGCAGGUGGAUGUAAGACCCGUUCACUGUAUGAUUGGUUCAGGAUUGAUGGUGCAAAUGAGCGACCCGAGGAACUUUUAACCUGCUAUGCUGUAAACUACUUAAUGUCUGUGUACUGUACUGGAGAAAGUGGCUGACACUGUGCAUAAUGUGUGUGUGUAUAAGAGAUUGUGUGUGUGUUUGAGACAGAAAUGAAUAAAGACUGCCAUGAAACUUUCAUGCAGAGGAUGAACACUA